UAAAAAAUAUAUUUACAAGCACUGAUCAUGUAUUCAAUUAAAAAUUGCAAUGAGUAAUGUUUUAUGGAGAUAAGGAACUAAGAUAAAUAAAAGCAAUAAAUGAAAAAACUUAUGAAACUUCUGUAACUAUGUAGAUAAGCUUAUCGUGUAAUAUUAUGUGAUCUAAUAUAAUCUAACAUGAACAUAAUGUAAUGAACAUAUGUUUGUCAUUUUAUCAAGGUUUUCGUGUUUUAUUCGAUGAAAAUAUCAAUAAAAUAAUAUAUAUGAUGACUUUCAAUAUAUAUGAUGACUUUCAACUUUCCUUUUUUUUGUUAUUUUUAUUACACAAUUUCGUUGUCCGGACAACUGAAGUAAAUUGUCACAGGAUUUUUCUUGGGUAGCGGAUGACUGACUUCCAAAAUUUCUUGUAAUUAAGAAAAAUCUUUAAUUCUUUUUCGGUUCGACAAUCCAAGAAAAUUUCAAAUAAUAUUUCAAGAUAUACGUGUUAUUCUAAAGUAAUCAAAAUGCGUGAGUGUAUUUCAAUGCACGUGGGACAAGCAGGUGUUCAAAUGGGUAAUGCGUGUUGGGAAUUGUAUUGUUUGGAACAUGGAAUUCAACCGGAUGGAACGAUACCAUCAGACAAAGUGUCCGGAACAAACGAUUGUUUUAAUACCUUUUUCAAUGAAACCAGUUCUGGCAAGAUGGUACCGCGUGCUGUGAUGGUUGAUUUAGAGCCUACGGUUGUUGACGAAGUAAGGAUAGGACCUUACAAGCAAUUAUAUCACCCUGAACAAUUAAUCACGGGUAAAGAAGAUGCUGCAAACAAUUAUGCUCGUGGUCAUUAUUCCAUCGGUAGGGAAGUAAUAGACUCUGUAAUGGAUCGAGUGAGAAGGUUGACGGAUCAAUGUACUGGACUUCAAGGAUUCUUCGUCUUCCACUCGUUUGGAGGAGGCACCGGGUCGGGAUUCACUUCGUUGCUUAUGCAAAAACUGUCCGAUGAUUAUGGGAAAAAGAGCAAAUUAGAAUUUGCCGUAUAUCCAGCACCACAAGUAUCUACCGCCGUCGUAGAACCAUACAACUCGAUUCUGACAACUCACACCACAAUCGGUCAUUCGGAUUGCGCGUUUAUGGUGGAUAACGAAGCAAUUUAUGAUAUAUGUAGACGGAAGCUUGGUAUCGAGCGGCCUUCAUACGCGAAUCUGAAUCGCCUUAUCAGCCAAGUGGUAUCAUCGAUAACUGCCUCUUUGAGAUUCGAUGGUGCUCUGAACGUAGAUUUAACGGAAUUUCAAACGAACUUAGUACCAUAUCCUAGGAUUCAUUUCCCACUGGCGACUUAUGCGCCGGUGGUUUCGGCUGAUAAAGCUUUCCACGAAGGGAUGUCUGUAGCAGAAAUAACGUCCGAAUGCUUCGAGGCAUCCAAUCAAAUGGUCAAAUGCGAUCCUCGAGAAGGAAAAUAUAUGGCCUGCUGCCUACUUUAUCGCGGAGAGGUGGUACCAAAGGAUGUGAACGCGGCAAUUGCGGCUAUGAAGAGGAAGAGUUGUAUACGUUUCGUUGAUUGGUGUCCAACUGGUUUUAAGGUCGGCAUCAAUUAUCAACCACCUACUGUUGUUCCGGGUGGAGACCUCGCCAAGGUUCAAAGGGCGGUUUCAAUGUUGUCGAACACAACAGCUAUAGAGGAAGCCUGGUCUAAAUUAAAUUACAAGUUCGAUCUUAUGUAUCACAAGCGAGCAUUCGUUCAUUGGUACGUCGGAGAAGGUAUGGAGGAAGGUGAGUUUGCAGAAGCGCGUGAUGAUCUCGCCGCAUUAGAGAGAGACUACGAAGAAGUCGCACUCGAAUCGUCAACCACACCAGAUGCUUCGUUGGAAUAUUAAUAUAAUGCACGUAAUCCGUGCAAGUAUUUCGGCAUUUUUCAGCUACCCAACAAAAGGACUUAUGCAUGAUCAAAUUAAUUGUAUGUACAAAGAGACUGGUGUUUUAUAUUACGCUUCUUAUGUCUUGUGAUUUGUUUAUUUAUUUUCAUCUUUUUAAUAAAAUUAUUUUUUUAUAACA